AUUACCCGCCAAAAAAAGCUUGAAAUUUUACUAAAUAUCGGUCAUUUUUGUCCCGGUGGAAAAUCAGUAUGUCCCGAUACAUCAACAUGCUGCUUAGUUGCGGCAAAAGAAUAUGGUUGUUGUCCAAUGCAAGAUGCUGUCUGCUGUGAAGAUCAUACUCACUGCUGUCCCAAUGGUACCAAAUUAUUGCAUUUCUCUUUAAAUUUCGCUUUUCAGCUUCAUUUAUUUAAUUAUUGGAUAAAAAUGCAAUCAAAAUUAAAAGUUGCAAAGUUGAAUAAAUGCUGGCAGUGUUCAUUAAAUUCAACUUGUUGUAAAAUUGGUUUUAAAAAUAUUGCAUAUUGUCCAUUAGCCCAAGCCGUGUCUUGCGCAGGCCAUAAACAUUGCUGUCCACAACAUACAAUUUGUGAUCAAGCACUGAAAAGUUGUAUUACAGAGGUUUGUGCACUUGAUACUAUUUACACCAAAGAAUGA